ACAUCAAAUUACUGGAUAAAAUCAGCCGAUGUCCUCGUGAAAUUGCUUCAACGAACCGACGACUUUAUUUUUUUUAUUCAUACUGAAAUAGUGAUUUCAUUUACGCAUCCUCAAAUAUAUUUAUAAAUAUGUAUGACUUUUUGUAAUGUGAAGACAGGAUAUAAAAACUUGGUCUCCUGUCUCCGAAAUAUUUCAGACGAGAGUAAUCUUUUAAAGGUGUCACAUCCUUAAAAUAAUUAAUUCAACGUCAUUCAAACACAAGGCAGCUUCCAAAAUGAAUAAAAUUGUUGCAUCGAUUUUUGUUGUCAUGUGCGUCAUCUCAAUUUCCUAUUCCCUUCCUUUGGAUGAAAAGCCUGCCCCUGUGAUUAGAGAAAUUCGUCCAGCCGUACUUCCUCAAGAAGUCUUCCGUGGCCAGGGAUUGGAAGGCCAGGAUGAAGGGAGCCGACAGAAACGCCACUUUUACGGAGGAUACGGAGGUUAUGGAGGAUACGGUGGGGGUUUCGGUGGUUACGGGGGUUACGGUGGUAAGUUGCAACAAGUCCAUUAAUCCUUAUAAAUCUGAUUUUCAUUCUCUACUUGAUUUUUCAGGUUAUGGAUUUUACGGAUGAUAAGCUCCAUGCUAAAAAUACUUCAAUAUCCCAUACAAAUUUUGUAUUCUUUAAUAAUUGUCUUAUUUAUAGGGAUGUCAUACUUUGCUCACUGUCCAAGAUAAUUUGAUA